ACGGCUCGUUCAUACCCCCAACGAUCACAAUGAUUAGGCGACAAGUACGCGAAAGGCGGCAAUAUGUCUACGCCAAAUCCUUGGAAGCGCAGGAGCGCCAAACCUAUGAGCGCAAGCAGCAGCUGAAGGAUGCGCUCGCGAGCGGGAAGCCGCUCCCUACUGAGCUGAAGAAGGAUGCGAAGAGCAUGGGGAAGGAUCUAGCGUAUGACGAGGCGCAGGAAGAGCCCUCCACACACAUUGACAACGAGUACUCAAGAGCGGGUAUCCAGGAUCCGAAAAUUGUCAUCACCACUUCUCGAGAUCCAAGCUCGAAGUUGCUGCAGUUCGCGAAGGAAAUGCGCCUGGUCUUCCCCAACGCCCAUCGUAUCAACCGUGGAAACUAUGUCGUCAAAGAGCUCGCAGACGCAUGUCGCGCCAACGACGUUACGGACCUGAUAGUCCUGCACGAGCAUCGAGGCGUGCCGGACGCCAUGAUUGUCUCCCACUUUCCCCACGGGCCUACCGUGUUCUUCACCCUGAACAAUGUCCUCCUCCGACACGAUAUCGCAUCGUACAAGGAGUCGACAGUCUCCGAACAAUACCCCCACCUGAUCUUCGACAACUUCUCGUCCCAGCUUGGCCACCGAAUACGCGAUGUGCUGAAGUACCUCUUCCCCGUGCCGAAGGAGGACAGCAAGCGGGUGAUGACCUUCGCUAACGAGGAUGACUUCAUCGCCUUCCGCCAUCACGUCUUCGUGAAGCAUGGCAAAGAGGUCCAACUAGCCGAAGUCGGCCCACGAUUCCAGAUGAAGCCGUACGAGAUACGGCAAGGAACGAUCGAGCAGACGGAGUCCGAGCGCGAAUGGGUACUCGCCCACUACGCUCGGACGUCCAAGAAGCGGAACGUGCUGUCGGGCUCAGGAUCUUACUCUGGCCCAAGGAAACACACGCAGCCCAAGAGGAUCAAGCGAUGAGCCGUAUCUCUGUUAUACUAUCGCUACUUCCCUGUGUCUUCGCUACGUCUGUAUUUUUGUUCAAUUUUUUACUGUGGUGCAUCCGUCUGCGUCUCUACUACACAAAGUACUUCGUUGGAAUUAUUGAAUGGUAUGUGGUGAUAGAGUAGAGGUUCCGAAUGUAAGGCCAAGUAUACGAGUCUAGAGUAGGGGUUCCUCGCGAUCUGCACUUCUCUCUGCAGCGUCG